AUGUCGUCCCGUCUUAAGGAGAAAGUGACCGCGGCUAUACGAAAAUUCAACAAGAGUAGAAGUCGCAGUGGCAGUGGUGAUAAAACGGCUGAGGCUGGGGGUAGCGCAAGUGGGAAUAUCUCUGGAGGAAAUGUCAGCGGCAAUGUGACGGCGAAAAAUUCAAACGGUAAUGCGCUAGGCGCCGGUGUUGUAGCUGAAUCGCCGGGUAGACGUCUACGUCGACAAGAUAACAGAGUUUCACCAGCUACAAGUAGAAUGGUUAUGUCAGUCAAUGUUCAACAUGUUCCCGAUCACAGUAUUCGGGCACGGCGCCUAAUGAAAGAAUACAAGGAGAUACAAAAAAUGCACAAUAGUAAAAACGAUCCAGUAUUCACGGUGGAACUUAUAAACGACAAUCUGUAUGAGUGGUACGCACGACUCCAUAUCGUCGAUCCAGAUUCGAAAUUAGCGAAAGACAUGGUUGAGAUGAACAUUCCAUUUAUACUCCUGCAUCUUGUAUUUCCCGAUAAAUUCCCAUUCGCACCGCCUUUUAUGCGAGUAGUCGAACCAAGAAUCGAAAAGGGCUUCGUAAUGGAAGGUGGAGCAAUUUGCAUGGAACUUUUAACGCCACGCGGUUGGGCCUCAGCGUACACUGUAGAGGCGGUCUUAAUGCAGUUUGCAGCGAGCUUAGUUAAGGGACAGGGACGUAUUGUGCGAAAAACAAAGGGUUCAAAGGAUUUUAGUAGACGAACAGCGGAGGAAGCAUUCCGUUCAUUGGUAAAAACACACGAAAAAUACGGCUGGGUAACUCCAGCACUUUCCGACGGUUGAAUGGCUAUACACUUGCUGCAUCUGUGUACACAAGCGGUGUAAGAAAACAAAACACAAAUGUCAAAGAAGAAUGCAGUUCUGGUCCUUGCUCUGACCAAAAGUAUACUCAUAAUUAAGUUUAUUUACUAGGCACACAUAUAUUUAAACAUUUAUUGAACUCGGUAUUUUCGAUUUUCGUUAAGAAGCUGCCACAAAAAGAUAAUUCGUUGUUAAGCAUGUAAUAGUAUUUGUAAUUGUAUUACCAAUACGGUUUGCUCAUACACACAUACAAUAUACAUACAUACAUGGUAUAUAAAACAUAUAGCUUAAUAUCAAUAUAUACCUUCCAUGUUUAUUUAUUUUUUUUGUUUUGCAAAAAAAUGGCGAUAGAAUAAGAUUUUUAUAAAACACCACGUAAGAUAAUAUACACUUAUAACAAUAUGGUAAAUUUAUCAAUUCGCGAGUUCGCAAAUAAACCGAAAACCAUCCAGAAACAACUUAGAAAUGUAAAUACUAAAAUCAAAAAUAAAUUAAUUAUAAUGUAAACUAAAUUAACCGUUUGAAUAUGUUUCGAUCUUUCAAUUGAAUGCAAAACGUGUAUGCAACAUGGUGGCAUUUUUAUUUUAAGCAAUUAUUUUAUAGAUAGUAAUGUUUACGGUCGCGAAAGUCAAAAUUAUUCUAAUUUUUCUGGAUUUACAUAUUCAAUUACUUAGGAAGGGGCUCACUUUGCAAGGUAAAGCUGCAGAAGUGGUUUACCAACACUUUGCAUGAAACACAAGAGUUCAAAAUUUUAGUUAAGAUUUGAAUUAAAGCACUAUACACC